CUCCAAGCUCAGUACGGUAUGGAACUCUGCACACCGUGAACUUCCAUUACAAAGCAGUCCCUCUGCAUUCGCUGUUCCCUGUUCGUUUGCGCCAAAAGCAAACCCGGGCAACUGCGCACUCCUGCCUGUGCUUCUGUAUCUGACACCGUAUUCAGAAGUUGUCACCAGACGGGCUCAUAUACUAGUUUACCUCAAGAUCAUUCCGAGCCAUUUCUCAUGGCACACUUAAAUGAACACCAGCAGCUCUCGGCAUUGGAAUUUAACGUAUAGGUCAUCUAGCCGAAUGGUUGAAGCUGACUUGGAGGAACAAGCGAGCAGCGCCAAGCAUCGGAAGCAAGCACACAACUCGAGCAGCGCAGACUAUGAGAUGAAGGCAGCUUUAAAAACAACACCGCCUAGCAAGAAGGCUGCGGCAGCAUGGACGGGUGUGGCGUCAAGGCUAUGGGCGCUUGCAUGGCCCUUGUCAGGCAUGGAGGUGAUGACAUUCGGAAAGGAACUCAUCAUUACGGCGUUCGUGGGCCACCUGGGGCCGGUGGAGCUGUCGUCCCUGGUCCUGUCGCAGACGCUGUAUAACGUUAGCGGCAACGCGCCCAUGCUGGGCGUCGUGACAGCCAUGGAGACUUUUUGUGGCCAGGCUUACGGGGCUAAGAAGUACGCGACAGUGGGCGUCGUGACGCAGCGCGCACUCGUGCUGACCACGCUCUUCAACAUCAUGUGCAUAGCGAUGUGGGGCAAGGCGGAGGCGAUGAUGCUUGCGAUGGGGCAGGACCCGGUGAUUGCCAAGGCGGCGGGGCGCUUCACCAUGCUGCUGAGCCCCUGCCUGCUGCUGGACGGCUUCGAGCAGUGCCUGCGCCGGUACUUGGCGGCGCAGUCGGUCGUGCAGCCGCUCAUGUACGUCACGUUCGCGGCCACGCUGAUGACGCCCAUGUACCUCUGGUACUUCAUCUUCCGAUGUGGUUGGGGCUUCGACGGCGCUGCAGUGGCAUGGGCAGCCGUACAGGCCAGCUCCUGCUCAGGCCUGCUAAUUUUCACGUUCUGGCACAACUACACCCAGGACCCCACCAAGCGGACAUGGGCUGGGUGGAGCCGCGAGUGCCUGACGGAGUGGCCGCUGUACAUCCGCGUGGCCAUUCCCUCGGCCGUCAUGAUCUGCCUGGACUGGUGGACGUUUGAGAUCAUUGUGAUGCUGUCGGGCCUGCUACCACACCCCGAGAUGACCAUGUCCAUGAUGGGCAUCACUUUCAACAUCCACGCGCUGUGCUUCUUCGCGGCGCACGGCCUGAGUGGCGGGGCGAGUACGAGAGUCGGAAACGAGCUAGGUGCAAGCCGGCCGCGUCAGGCAUGGCUGAACACGCAGGUGUCGGUGUUGAUGGGCACCGUCAUCAUGAUUGUGUGCGCUGGGCUGCUGCUGCUCGGCCGAGACCAGCUGGGCGCGCUGUUCAGCGCGGAUCGCGAGGUGGUGCUGCUCACGAGCCAGGCCGUGCCCACUCUGGCCAUCUCGCUGAUUGGGGAGGGCGCCAACACGGUGCUGGCGGGCGUGCUGCGCGGGUGCGGCCGGCAGAAGAUCGGCGCGCAGAUUAACCUGUUCAUGUACUGGGGCAUUGGCCUGCCCUUCGCCUGCCUGCUGGCUUUCCGCAUGGGGCUGGGUGCCAUGGGCCUGUGGACGGGCCUGGCCUGCACGGCCUCGCUGCAGUCGCUUAUCCUGUCAUGGAUUGUGUUCAAGUUUGACUGGAACGCUGAGGCGCAGCGGGCGAAGGCGCUGAUCGCCGCGGGAGAGCUCGAGAUUGAGCUGGAGGAGGAGGUGGAGCUCCUGGCGACCAGCGGGCGGCUAGGGAAUGAGGGCCUCCUGGACGGCGCCACGCCCAGCAAGCCAACCACCUUGACUUUGUAGUUUAGUGGCCCCCCAUCGGGCGGCAAUGUGGGCUUUCAUGCGCGCGCUGUAGAUUAGUGAUGUGUAUUCGAAUCCGUGUGGUGCUUGUGUCGAAUCGAUCUGCGGUGGUGGUGUCCGCAUCCGGCAUGUGCUACAGUGACGUGCGAAACCAAGAUACUACGACUGGCUUAAUGGGGCCUAAGACAAGACGCCCGGCACUUGAAGCGCCCUUAGCGCCAGGAAAUCCUGAUUACUUGCUUUGCUUGUCAUAGUUUGAGGGAGCGGUGAUGCAGCGAGGACAGGCGUGCUUUACGGCCCUAUGCGCGGUGCUGGGGUCCGUUAGGGUGUUAGGCUUUGUUACGAACCGUGGGCGGUAAACCCCAUCACCCGAGACGGCAACCAAUGAACAUGAGCACGUCAGCAAUGUGACGAUUCGGUACAGGGAACGAUCUGGUACGCAGGGAACAAAGGACAGGGGCCCUACCUGUGUCAGCCGGACAAGGCAAAGUGUUUUGGGGGAUAGGGGCCAACCCUCGGCCCUUCAUCAAAUGAGGGAGGCGCCCCUGGUGCUCCCGCUAGCGUGUUCGGCAGAUUUGUCAUCUACACUGAACGUGCCGUGUUUAUGCUGCCGUGCAAAGCAUCGUAUUCGGAGAUGAGCGUUG